AAAGCGGGAUUCGUGGACUGGCACCUUGGUUUGCGCGCCCGACGCGAAAGCUGCACACUCCUCGCUCCAUCACUACCACCACAACCAGCACCUUGGAGAAGAGCCUCGGAUUGUGCACUUCACUCGAAAACAUUCCCUCCCAAUUGCGCACUCACCUGGGUUUCCCGGUGUUUUUCGUGAGGCGGUGAUGCGUCGGUGAUGAAGGGGUUUCGGGUUCGGUGGCUAUGAAUCUCAGGUGGGAGAGUGGCGUGUACGCUUGCAGAGGAAUUUUGGUUUACGGUAGCGUUAUUGGCAUGAGAGGUUUGGAGAGGGGAUGGAUCCAGAGAGCUUUGUGUGCUUUCGUGUAUUGCUAAACUGGUUUCGAGGGUAGGAGGUGAUGGUGGUGGGUUGCGUUCGAGGAGGAGAUUGGUGGGAAUAUUUUUGGCUAGCUUGGGCCGGUGAUUGAAGACGUUGGUGAAAGUUUUGGGAGACGAUUUUGGAGGCGAAGCAAGAGAUCAAGUUUGUGGUGGCUAGGGUCAGGAAAGGGUAAUGGUUGGUUGGAGGCAACGAUGCAGCGGCUUGUCGACAAUGUUUUAGGGAAUGCGAAAGAAUCAAUAAAGACGUUCACACAAGAGUCUUUCCAGAACACAGUUAGAGCGAUUAAUGGAAUUUCGGCAUAUAUACUUGCUAUUUUUCCAGGGAGAGGCCCUGCUUGGGAUGGAAUCCAGUCGCAUUCUACAUUUCGUCCCCCUCGCAUGCCACGUUGGAUGGAAGAAGGGGUCUCUUCGUUCAACACAUUCUUAGCAGAUUAUGAUACUGACAGCGAAUCAAGUGAUGAGUUUGAACAUGAAUUUGGUGUUGAAGAUAUCGACAGCACGGCACCACCUUCACCAUCCUCAGAAUGUUCCCAUUUUUCUCGAUCGGGAAGUUCAGGACGACGCAACCGGCGCAAUAGGACUCUAGCGCAGCGUCUUCUUCUAUGGAUUCUAUGGCCAUUACGAAUCCUUCUAGAGUUUUUCCGUCGUUGGUGGUCAGGGAAUCAGGGAUCGAGGCGACUUCCGAAUGUUCCAAAAUCCCCGAGAUCGAACUCAGGUGGUUUCAGGGACUUGGCUCGCCGUUUGAGUGACGGCGUGGAAUUAAGUGGAAUCAGAGAAUUUCCAGCGCCCAAGUUUUCAGCUGAUCGCAGACGUGGUAUCAUAGAGGACUUGCAACUUGUUGUGGAGCUCCUGAUCGAGCGAGUGUUUGAGGUAGUGCGUUCGUUAGUACAUCACGUUCUAUCACCAUUUAAAACACUUAGAGAGUUUCUCUACUGGGCUUUCUUUCGUGAUACGAGUUACAAUGAUGACACAGACCUCGCAGACAUGGCCACUUUAGGUAACUCGGAUCCCGAUGCUCCAAAGCAGAAGCAGGUUCCACAUCAUCCUCUGAAUACAGAUAACCGCACAUGUCAGGAUAUCAUCACAAGUUUGGGGUAUCCAUACGAAGCAUAUCGUGUGACUACAGAGGAUGGUCAUAUACUCCUCCUUGAAAGGAUACCCAGGCGAGAAUCAAGGAAGGUUGUAUUUCUACAGCAUGGAGUUCUAGAUUCUUCAAUUAGCUGGGUUUCUAAUGGAGUCGUUGGAUCUCAAGCCUUUGCAGCUUUUGACCAAGGUUAUGAUGUAUACUUGGGCAAUCUGCGGGGUUUGGCGGCAAGAGAACACGCGAACAAACAUAUCUCACCUCAGAAAUACUGGGAUUUUACUGUGAACGAGCAUGGCAUAGAAGACAUUCCAGCUAUGAUAACCAAGAUACACGAACUCAAAAUGUUGGAGUUACGAGGUCCAGUACAUUCAGAGAUUGAGUAUGGUGAAAUUUCUCAAUCUGUGAAAUAUGAUUCCAAGAAUUUUCCUUACACGCUGUGUGGGAUAGCACACAGCUUGGGCGGUGCUGCAAUGUUGAUAUAUGUUGUGACGAGAUGCCUAGCAAAGAGGCCCCACUAUCUUUCAGGACUUAUCCUUCUAUCUCCAGCUGGGUUUCAUGAGGAUGCUCCUUUUUCUCUUAAAGUGUUACAGUUUAUCAUCCCGCUUUUAGCUCCUGUCCUUAAUCUUCUCAUGCCUGGCAUAUAUAUACCCACUAGAUUCUUUCGAGCGCUAUUCAACAAGUUAUCUAGAGACUUCCAAAAUUAUCCUGCGGUUGGAGGUCUAGUCCAAGCUGUACUUAGCUACGUCAUUGGAGGAGAUAGCUCUAAUUGGGUCGGAGCAAUCGGUGUGUCGCACUACAACAUGAAUAAUAUGCCUGGGGUAUCGGUUCGAGUUGCUGUCCAUUUAUCACAGAUGAUGCGAGCUAAACGAUUCAUCAUGUACAAUUUUGGAAGCAAAGAGUUGAAUUUUGAGGCCUAUGGCAGUCCGUACCCGCUGGACAUUGCGGCGAACUAUAAUGUGAUUGAUAUUCCUGUGGAUUUAGUAGGAGGCCAGAGGGAUAAGCUUAUUCCACCAAGUAUGGUCAGAAAACACUACGAAGCUUUGAAAAGUGGGGGUUGUCAAGCAUCAUAUGCGGAGUUUGGGUUCGCUCAUCUGGAUUUCACUUUUGCUAAUCGGGAAGAGCUUAUGGCCUAUGUCUCGUCUCGUUUAUCACUUGUGGAUCCUGUUCCUGGAAAAAUCAUCGAGCCUCUUGAAGAAACACAAAGUUCAAAGAAGCUGACUGGGGCGCUUUCUCGCAAGUCCUUCAGACAGAGACGUAAUUUCAAAUCCUCCAACAGCGAUUCCACGAACAAUCAAAAUGUGUUGGUGCAGGAAACUAGGAUUGCGGAAGAGCUGCUUGAAUCGAGGCCACUUGCAUCGAAGCCGAAAUCGACAUGAAGUAUUUAUUUUCUGAAUUUCACUCGUCAGGUGUCAGAUGCACGUUUCACCUUUCCUGUAAAACUUGAUCACUAUUUUAUGUCUCAUCAAUGAGAAAACUGUAAGUAUUUGACCUUAAGGGGAAAUGUCCAAGUAGCCGGUUUUCAAUUUGUGUAGAUUUCAUCAGAGCUGAGUUUAUUGAACCGGUAUGAGGAUUUGUAGAGAUGACGCAGUGCUGAGCAACAGUGGGGACUCUCAAUGUAACAUGAUUUUAAAAUUCCGAGCUGCUCACCUAAAUAGAUAGUAGGAAGUUUGACCAAGGUCGCUGUCAACUUCGUGUUCAUUCUUUUCUGAUGCAAACAUGUCCUAAAUGGAUUUCUGGCAAUACAUGUAACCAUGACCUGA